AACUCAGUUUCUUAAAAAAGUUUUUCUCUAUAUAUAGAAAGUUCACAAUAUUAAUCUCCAAAAUUGGGACUUGUGGGGAAGAAAAGGAAGAAGAGGCAACAAAUACACAUUUUGUUCUCUUUCUUCCACCUUCAUACAUCCCCACAAAAGUUCCCAAAAACACACACACACACACUGAAAAUCAAAAUUUUCAAGAAAUAAAUCUUGAAAUUUGCAAAUCUAUGAUAAUUUUCUGUUAGUUUUGACAAAAGGGUACCUUAAAAAUCAAAUCUUUUUCCCAUUCUUGAAAAAAUCAAGAACCAAAAAUGUUGUCAUCACAACUAGAAAAGAAGGGUUUUUUCAUAGCUACACUUAUUACAUUUUGGUACUCCUCAAACAUUGGAGUCCUUCUUUUAAACAAAUUAUUACUCUCAAAUUAUGGAUUUAGAUUCCCAAUUUUCCUAACAAUGUGUCAUAUGACAGCUUGUGCUGUUCUUAGCUAUGUUUCAAUUGUUUUCUUAAAAAUUGCACCUUUUCAAAGGAUUAAAUCAAGGUCACAAUUUUUCAGAAUUGCAACACUUAGUGUUGUUUUUUGUGGUUCUGUUGUUGGUGGCAAUAUUUCUUUGAGGUAUUUGCCUGUGUCGUUUAAUCAGGCUGUUGGUGCAACAACACCAUUUUUUACUGCAUUAUUUGCUUAUUUGAUGACAAGGAAACAAGAAGCUUGGGUUACUUAUGGUUGCCUUGUUCCUGUUGUUACUGGGGUUAUAAUUGCCAGUGGGGGUGAGCCAAGCUUCCACCUUUAUGGAUUUAUCAUGUGUAUUGGUGCAACUGCUGCAAGAGCCUUUAAGUCUGUUCUUCAGGGAGUCCUUCUUUCAUCUGAAGGGGAAAAACUGAACUCAAUGAAUCUCCUUCUGUACAUGUCGCCAAUUGCUGUUCUAGUAUUAUUGCCUGCUGCACUUGUUAUGGAGCCCAAUGUGGUAGAUGUCACCAUGACUCUCGCGACAGAACACAGAUACCUUGGCCUACUUAUUUUGGUUAAUUCUGCAAUGGCAUAUGGUGCCAACUUGUUGAAUUUCUUGGUGACUAAGCAUACCAGUGCAUUGACACUCCAGGUCCUAGGCAAUGCAAAAGGCGCAGUGGCUGUUGUUAUCUCCAUACUUAUUUUCCAAAAUCCAGUAACUUUUAUUGGAAUCGCUGGCUACACGAUGACUGUGAUGGGAGUUGUUGCUUACGGAGAAUCCAAAAGAAGGCACAAAUGAGUUUGAAAUCAGGCCAUUUUUUCUGGUUUCAUAAAGUACCAUACUUCAAGGUUAGAUGUGUGGUAGAGUUUAGGAAGAAAUAGAUCCAUUGCAAUUUUGUAGCCCUUAGACAGAUUAAAUGGUAAAAGGGAACAAGGGUGGUUGAUUUUUUUUUACCAUUCUUCUGUUGUAUUCUUUUCAAUUAAGAGGGAUCUCUACAUUUGUAUCUGAUUCUUGUGUUGUUACACAAUAAAUUAAAAUAAUGUCUUCUUCCUA